AUGCUAAACCAAGGGAGCGCCCAAGAAGAACUGAUCGUCGCGGACCCUCACAAUAACCUUCCGCCCCCAGUGAGCCCGCCCGAUGGUGGUCUUGUGGCUUGGCUGCAAGUUGCAGGAAGCUGGUGUCUGAUGUUUAACUGCUGGGGGGUUGUCAACUCGUACGGCGUUUUUCAGACUUAUUAUGAGAAUGAAAUCCUGUCAGAUCAUUCUUCAUCCGAUAUCGCUUGGAUUGGCUCAAUUCAAGCGUGCCUUUUACUCUUCAUUGGGGCCAUUACCGGGCCGCUUUAUGAUUAUGGAUAUUUUCGACAUCUACUGGCAGCGGGAACAUUCCUGAUAGUUUUUGGAAUGAUGAUGGUUAGUAUAUGCACUGAGUUUUCGCAUUUUGUUCUCGCUCAGGGCAUUGUUGUCGGACUUGGUGCGGGAUGUCUUUUUAUCCCUAGUGUCGCUGUUCUGCCCUUAUAUUUCAGGUCACAUCUAGCAUUCAGCAUCGGGGUGGCGGGGAGCGGUAGUGGUGUUGGAGGAAUUGUCUAUUCUAUCACUUUCCAACAACUGCAGACAACUAUAGGCUUUGGCUGGGCUUCUCGUAUUGUGGGAUUUAUCAGUCUGGCUACCCUCGUCUUCCCACUUCUGUUCAUGAGAGUAAAAUCUGCUACGCCUGAUCAACCAAGAAAAGUACGAAAGCUUUUCGACUCAACGACAUUGACAGAAACUCCGUUCUGUUUAUUUUUGGCUUGGGGAUUUUUUGGAUUCGUGGGUGUCUAUAUGCCACUGUACUAUGUUGGAUCUUAUGCCCUUGAGAAAGAGAUGAGUUCCCCGGCUGUGGGUUAUCUCAUACCCAUUCUCAAUGCGGGAUCAGUGUUAGGACGUAUCGUUCCCAACUAUGCAGCUGACAAAACUGGUCCAAUUAACAUGUUUAUACCUACAUGUUUCGGUUUAGCCGUUUUAUCCUUUGCGUGGAUCGGCAUUAGCAACACACCGGGUCUAAUUGUCUUUGUGGUGCUCUAUGGAGUUUUCAUCGGGACAUACAUGACAUUGCCAUUCAGUGCCGUCAUUAAAUUGAGUCCACAUCUAGGGGUAACGGGGGUUCGAAUGGGUAUGCUCUGCGUCAUCUGUAGCUUUGGUGUUCUCGUUGGCGCUCCAGUAGGCGGUGCUGUGCUACACAAGGGCGGCUGGGUUGGACUUCAGUCUUUUGGGGGGGCGAUGCUUAUCAUUUCGACUAUUUUUAUCUUAGCGACUCGGAUUGCUAAAGUGGGCAUUGAUCCUCGGAAGAUAAUAUAG